AUGGUGGCGGCCGCCCGAAGGGAGGAAGAGACGUGGGACGCCUCCGAAGAGGACGAGGAGGCGCUGUCUCUAAUCGAUCUCCCUGUCGUUGACUGUGGGGAGGAUCGCACCGGCGGCUGUGGAGGCGACGACGCGGCGGAGCUGACCAAAGCUCCGGAAGCGGAUGAUUUCGAGUUCCGCACGUUCAGUGGCGAACUCGACGCAGCCGAGGCUUGCAUGUGUGCAGCCGACGAGGUGUUCUUCCAGGGCCAGAUCCUUCCGCUGAGGCCGUCCGUGAGCUCAGACGGCGGCGUCUUCACCGCAAGCCGCUGCGGCUCGAGAUCGGAAUCCAUGGAGCGGCUCUCCUCCGCAGCAGGGAGCCUAGGUUUUGAGAGCAGCAGGAGCCUCAGCGGUCGGAGCAGCAGCAGCAUCAGCAGGAGCCAGUCAACGCGCUCGUCCCACAGCUCCUCCUCUCCCAACGAGGUAACGACCCGGCUCCCCGUCGCCGGCAACUUCUGCGCCCUCCCCAGCCCGAAACCCCACGUCUACUCCCGGAGGAAGAGCGCUACCGGCCCGGCCAGGAAGAGCUCCUCUGCGGCCGGCGCCGGCUGGGGACUUCUCCGGUUGGGCCUGCUGAGGACCCCCGAGAUCAACCUCGACGACCUGAGGCUGCGAAAGGCCAGCGCCGGCCGCACAGUGGCGGAGCUCUGGAAAGCCGGCGACCACGAUGGCCCCACGUUAGAAAAGAAGCCUCCUAAACAGGGCAAUGGCAGCGGCAAGGAGGGCAAACCGCGCGGCGGUGGUGGGGGCUGUCCUGAGGAGAAGAACCCGGGGACGAGGAGACAGUCGUCGAGAUCCUUCGGCAGCCGUCUCCGUUGCAGGUGCUCGCCGGAUGACGCCGUCAUCCCCCGCUGGUCGGGGGUCAUGAUGGACGGAACGGCGAGGAGGGAAGGAUGGCGCCGCCCGACGACAAGUUCGAGUUUGAACUGCGCCCGGAAGGUAAUGUGCUAUAGCCGGACCUUCGAGUGGCUGACGGAGCUGCCGGCACCGAAAGCACCGGCGGCAUAG